UACGUCCUCUCGCGGGGAGGCGUGCGAUCGAUACGGAAGGUUUUAAUCGCGAAUAAUGGAUUGGGCGCGGUGAAGGCGAUUCGGUCGAUGCGUCUGUGGGCGUACGAGACGUUCAAGUCGCACGAAGUUUUGCAUUUGGUGUGCAUGGCGACGCCAGACGAUUUAGCGGCGAAUGCAGAAUACAUCCGGUUAGCCGAUGAAUUCAUCACCGUGGAGGGGGGGAGCAAUAGAAACAAUUACGCAAACGUGGAUUUGAUCGUCAAAGUGGCGCGAACGUGCGGCGCAGACGCGGUGUGGCCGGGUUGGGGACACGCGAGCGAAAAUCCGCAGCUGCCGUCGCAGUUGGCGUAUCACGAUAUUGCAUUUUUGGGUCCACCAGCAUCUGCCAUGGACGCCGUUGGAGACAAGAUUUGUGCGAACAUCCUCGCGCAAUCGUGUGACGUGAAUGUCAUCCCUUGGUCUGGUAGCGGUCUCACGGUACCCGGCACGAGCAUUCCGGAGGACGUCUUGAAGCAAGCGACGCUCACAGACGUCGCCGACGCGGUGCAGCGAGUGGGAAAGAUUGGUUUUCCGGUCAUGAUCAAGGCUUCGGAAGGGGGUGGUGGGAAAGGUAUUCGCAAGGUGAACUCGAUCGAGGAACUCAAAACUGGUUUCGCCCAGGUCCAGGCCGAAGUCCCGGGUUCGCCGAUUUUCAUCCAAAAGCUUAGCGUGGAUUCAAGACAUUUAGAAGUUCAAAUGGUUGCCGACGCGCACGGUCAAGCGAUCGCGCUGUAUGGUCGUGACUGUUCCGUUCAGCGCCGACAUCAAAAGAUCAUUGAAGAAGGUCCAAUCACCGUGGCGCCGAGGGCAUUGUGUGAAGAGCUCGAGCGCGGCGCCGUGCGACUGGCGAAAAAGGUUGGCUACUGUGGCGUCGGUACCGUGGAGUACUUGUACAACAUCAAGACUGGCGAAUACUCGUUUCUCGAAGUCAAUCCUCGUCUACAAGUGGAACAUCCAGUGACAGAGCAGAUAACUGGGGUGAACUUGCCCGCAGUACAGCUGCAGCUCGCGAUGGGGAUACCGUUGAACAAGAUUCCGGACGUCCGUCGAUUCUUCCAGCAAAGCGACGUACGCGGGGUUUCUUCUAUCGAUUUCGAUAACACUACGCCGAUUCCGCCGCUCGGUCAUUGCGUGGCGGGAAGAAUCACCGCUGAAGAUCCCGACAGCGGUUUCAAGCCUACGUCUGGUGCCAUUCACGAGCUUCAUUUCCGUUCGCUCCCGGGCGUGAAUGGAUCAUUUUCCGUCGGCACCUCGGGCGGAGUUCAUCAAUUCGCCGACUCGCAGUUUGGACACAUCUUCGCUUUCAAGCCAAGUCGGGCGGAAGCCAUCACUUUACUCACGCACGCGCUGAGCGAGUUAAGCGUCCGCGGGGAGAUUCACUGCAACAAAAAGUACUUGGGGAAGUUGUUGGAGAAGCCAGAAUUCUUAGCCGACGAACACGACACCGCUUGGCUGGAUGGUCUUAUCGCGGCGAGCGACAGAGCAGAGACGUUGCACGAGCACAUCGUAGUCGCGUGUGGGGCUGUGCUUAGAUCAUCGACGAGGCAUCAAAAACUCGAGGCCGAAGUCGCCUCGUAUCUGAAUCGAGGCGUCCCGCCUGAGACGUGGAUGACGAAUCUCAGCGAACACAACUUUGAGCUGAUUUACAACGACAUCAAGUAUAACUUGCGCGUAACCAUGGGGAGUGAGAAGCUGUUUUAUCUUCACAUAAACGGAGGUCUCAUCGAAGCCGAAGUUCUUGUGUUGCAAGACGGCGCUUUGAAGGUGCUCUUGGACGGUCGCGCGUACUUGGUCCACCCCGAGGAAACGAAAGUUGGAAUGAAGAUUCACGUCAACGGGUUGCCGUGUUUCUUCCCCGAUGAUUUUGACGCCACCAAGCUCAUCGCCCAAGGUCCUGGAAAACUGCUCAAGUACUUGAUUUGCGACGGCGAGCGCGUGGAAUCCAAUCAACCUUACUGCGAGAUCGAGGUUAUGAAGACGGUGAUGCCUCUGAUUGCGACGAGCACGGGGACGAUUCGGCACGUGGCGCGUGUAGGCGCGAUUUUAGAAGCAGGCGAUGUUUUGUGUGAUGUUGCCGUCGAAGACGCUACCGGUGUGCGUAGGUGUGCGCCGUUCACGGGAGAGUUUACGAAAAUGCACACGCGUUCGUUAACAGGCAUGUUACCGGAUGACUCUCCGCUGGUUCGAUUCUCGCGCACAAGCACUGGUGUCGACCAAAUUUUGGCUGGUUACGAUUACAAUGGUGAUCCGACCGAAGUGUUAUUUGACGUGCUCGGCACGCUACCACUCGUCGUGGAUGAUUUUAUGGAGUCGCGAGAAGCCGUGAUUUCGCGUGCUCGUCCGUCGGCGCGACUCGAGCUGCGCGAGAUCGCCGAAGCGAUGUCGGCGUCCAUCGUCGGCGAGGCGAAUGGAGAAAACACGACAGACGCCGUAUCUGCUGCGGUCAUGCGCGUUAGAGCCUUGAUCAACGAGUACGGCGCUGACUUUGCACCGCUAGCGGCAUUUUGCGAACGUCAUGACGGCGGAUUGGCGCAGAGUAGGGCGCGCGUGUUGACGCGAUACUUGGAAUCGUUCUUGGACACGGAAGAGCCCUUCUCGAGCUGCGCGUCGACCGAGGACGCCAUCAUGUUCUUACGCGAUCGCUACCGCAACGAUGUUUCAGUCGUCGCAAAGUAUGCACAUGCAAACGCCAAACUCAAGCGUAGAUCGGAUUUGGUUUUGAAGAUCCUCGAACAAAUUUCGUUGCACGAUAUGAUCGACAUACCGUCGUGCAACGCCGCCGUGGUGCGUUGUAUGAAUCUUUCUGGGCGCGACUACGAAUUGGUUUCCCAGACAGCGCGCGAAAUCAUCGUGCGUAAGCAAGAGAUGACACGUAAGUCGAGACGCGAACGCAUGGCUGCGGCUUCUCGGGCCAACCGCAUGUCUCGCGACGAUGCCGGUAGCGAGUCAGAUCUCAUGAGUAACGCUGCGAGUGACAACGAGGCGUCGGACAGCAAUCCUUCGUUCAAGAGAUACGUCGGUAACAUUUACCUCGAUCGGCACAACUCCAUCACACGGUAUCAGUCGUACAGCAACAUCGACGAAGCCACGGAUGAGAUUUUGGACGCGCACACUUGGGAGAGCUUGUUCGACAGUACGUCCGAAACGUCGCGAACUACAGCGAUUGAGACUCUAUUCGGCGCGACUGGCGUAGAUACGUACAUGAUUCCGAACGCUCAGCCCGAACCGUGCGCAUGCGAACCAGAAGUCAUGCGAGUCUGGCUCGACGACACCAUUCAUCUCUUUGCCCCAUCUCUUGGACACGCGGUGGCGGCGCUUCCCGAUGCGACGGCGAACAAACCGAAGAAGUUGCACUUCAUCAUCUCGUAUCAUAGACUUGUGGGUAGGAACGACACCGAUAUUCGAGCCGCCGCGGAGGCUUUUGUGACUGGACAGUACCUGGCUGGUGCCCUCAAGUGCGAAGGCCUCGAAUACGUCGUGGUCACGUUGCUGGCGCUCGACGCCAAGCCGCAUCAUUUCGCGUUUAAGCGUACUUCUGAAGAUUCCACAGUCGAAGGUUUUUGUGAAAUGUCGAGCGCACGUGGGUUUUGGCCUCACAUUGCCGAUCAGAUGGAGGUCGAACGGCUCGCACUCUUCCGGGUCGAGUGCGUAGGCGUUUUGAGCUCUCGUUCCCAUCAUCGUCACACGAAUUUUGUGACACCCCCGUCUGAAGGAACGCCGCGCCGCACAGCUUUGGGAAGUGUGACCAUGGACUCAGAGUUGGCUCGAACGACGAUAGGUGGUAGUUCGAGCGGCGUGCACGAUGAUAGCGUGUUCGCUGAUGUUCUCGGCUCUCUUGAGCUUGCGGUGGGUCGUCAUCGCACUGCCGCGAACCACGUCUUCAUUAAUCUCGUCGGCGCCGACGCCGAGGACGAUUUGCCGAGCGUUGAAGCGGCGAUAGCUUCGUUCAUUCACACUGCGUUCAACGAUUUGAAGCGGUUGAAGGUUGCAUGUGUCGAAGUGCGCGUCGGCACGGGUUCAGUCAUCGCGAUGAACACCAGUGGCUUACGAUUUAAAAUCACGAAGACGCUGGAUUGCGCCGCGCGUGACGUGCACCCUCGGUUGAACAAGAUUCAGCGCAAGCGAAUGGCGUGCCAAAACUUGUCCUCGACGUACGUAUACGACAUUCCAGAAAUAUUUGCGAAUGUCCUUGCCGAAAUCAACCCUGGCGUAGGCGACAUCAUCGAUCUCAUGGAGCUCAUCUUUGACCCAAGGACGCGAGCGCUCGUUUGCAGCGAUCGUGCGCCAGGGCUGAACGAAGUUGGCAUGGUUUGCUGGCGCGUCAAGUUGGCGACAACAGAGUAUCCGAAAGGACGUGAAAUCAUUCUCGUUGCGAAUGAUAUCACGCACAUGUCCGGUUCUUUGUCUCCGCCGGAAGACAGUGUCUACCGCGCCGCGUUUGAUCUCGCUGUGGCUGAAGGUUUGCCGUGCGUUUACAUCAGCUCCAAUAGUGGCGCGCGCAUCGGUCUCGACGAAGCCGUCAAGGCGGCGUUCAGAGUGAAGUGGGUCGACGAUGAUGACGUCUCUAAAGGUUUCAAGUACAUUUACCUCAGCGAAGAUGACUACGAGAUCUUGUCCGCGAAGGGUCGGGUCAAGGCGAAGCGAAUCGUUUACCGCGACGAGAUUCAUUACGCGCUGACGGAUGUGUGCGGAGGACAGAGCGUCGAGUGCUUACAAGGAUCCGGUGAGAUUGCCGCGGCGACGAGUCGUGCGUACAAACACACAGUGACGAUGGCCUACGUCACCGGUAGGAGCGUCGGUAUCGGUGCGUAUUGCUCUCGUCUAUGCCAACGUGUGGUUCAGCACGUCGACGCGCCGUUGAUUUUAACCGGCGCGAGCGCAUUGAAUAAGGUGCUCGGUCGCGAAGUUUACACGAGCAACUCGCAAAUAGGCGGUCCUAAAGUCAUGGGCGCCAACGGGGUAUCUCAUCUUACCGUACCCGAUGACGUGCACGGUGUGAAGAAUAUUCUUCAAUGGUUGUCAUACGUACCCAGCCGGCGCGGCGCGCCGCUCCCCUGCGUCCCGUGCGUCGAUCCGGUGCGACGUUACGUGACGUUCAAUCCUCCUUCCUCUCCGCACGAUCCACGUGAGCUACUGCACUCAUUCUUCGACACUGAUUCGUUCAUGGAAGUCAUGCCCGACUGGGGACGAACUGUCAUCACAGGUCGCGCGCGUCUCGGCGGCGUGCCCAUCGGCGCCGUCGCCGUGGAGACGCGAACCGUGGACAAGACGAUUCCCGCAGAUCCGGCGUUUGCGAGCGCACAAAUCGCGGAAGAGUCUCAAGCUGGUCAAGUCUGGUUCCCCGACAGCGCGUUCAAAACCGCGCAAGCGAUCGGCGACAUGAAUCGCGAAGGACUACCUCUCAUAAUCUUUGCCAACUGGCGCGGUUUCGCCGGCGGUUUGCGAGAUAUGUACGGCGAAGUUUUAAAGUACGGCGCCUACAUCGUCGACGCGCUUCGCGAGUACAAACAGCCGGUGUUUGUGUACAUUCCUCAAGGCGGAGAACUUCGCGGAGGCGCUUGGGUGGUCAUCGAUAGCUCCAUCAAUCCGGAGCAAAUGGAAUUCUACGCCGCCGAAGGCGCCAAGGGCGGCGUCCUCGAGCCCGAGGGCAUCGUCGAUAUCAAAUUCAGGCGUCAAGAUUUGCUGUCGACGAUGAAGCGCACGAUUCCCGGAGGCAUCGGUGACUCGCACGAAGACGAGGCGAAGAAAAAAGCACUCAUGCCGACAUUCAAACAGCUCGCCGUGCACUUUGCCGCUUUGCACGACACUCCGGGCGUGAUGCUGCACAAGAAGGCGAUCAAGGCUGUCAUCCCCUGGGAGACGUCGCGAGAAUUUUUCGCCCUGCGUCUUCGCGCGCGUUUGGCGGAGGAAAGAAUCAAGUCAGCCAUCAUCGCACGCGGUGGU